AUGAGUACCAAGUUUUUUUUUGAUCUAUUUAAGGGGAAUGACAAACAGCAAAACGAAAAUGGCUUUUCAGACUUACUUGAUAUGAUGAACGAGGUAUCGAAAAAGUUACCUACGGCAAACAAGAAUAAUUAGGUCUAAGAAUAAACAAAUUAAUAUAAAACAGAUAUGACAAUAUAGUAGCAGUAGUAGUAGUAGGAAACAAAUCAAGUUGCUGAUUUCGAUAUUAAUGAAGACGAUUUAAAUGAUGGAUGGGGAGACAAUUUUUCUGACCCUGAAGAGGAAGAAGAUAAUUAAAAUGAAGGAAAUGGAAAUUAAAGCAAUAAUUAAGUUGAUUUUAGUGAUCUUUUAAAAGGUUAAAACCCUUCAAGAUAGUAGAUUCAGCAUGCAAAUAAAGGCGGAUAGUAAAAGAAAGACGAACUAGACGUUGUUGAAGAGGAAAGCAAUAAUUGUGACGAGAGUUAAAUUUAGAAUUAGAUAAGAGAAUAUUAAAAUAAUUCUAAGAAUAACUAUGAUUCUUUGAACAUUAAUGAUGGUUUUUAAUAAUAGUUUCAGCAGAAAUAAGUAAAUGAAAAAAUGCAAGGAUUUGGUGGAGCUAAGCAAAGUUAGUCGCAGAAUGCAUUCAAUUAGGAAAAGAAAGUUUAAAAAGAUAAUUUAUUUUAAGAAUAGCAGGAGAAAAAGCAAAAUGAUUAGAAGAAAUAGAAACAAAAGAAUAUUGAAUUCAGCUUAGAAUAUGUAAGGCAAAUAUCUGAAAUGCAAAAUUUACUCAACUAAGAAAAAUUAGAGUUUUAGUUGAGUUUGCAGGCUAGAUAAAAUCAUAUUUAAAUGUGGGAAGAAGAUUUAAAACUUAGGCAAGAAGCUUUAGAUAGGUAGUUGGAUGAAAAAAAUGCUUUAGAUAAAAAAAUUCAAAUAAAGAAAGCGAUUUUGAAAGACGAAAAUGAGAUUUUAAAGUUCAUCGAGGCUCAAAAAAAGCUAGAGAAAUUAUAAAGCGAAUUCGAUUAAAGUUAGAUUUUCCAUAAUCAAUAAAUAUCUUCUCUUUAAAAGGAGAAACUUGAGCUACAGCAGCAUUUUUAGCAUAAUAGCUAGCAGCAUGAAGCACAGUUAAAAGAAAUUAAAGAAAAAUAUAGACAGCUAGUUUUAAAAUCAAAAUAGCAGAAAUUAGCUUUUUAGAAAGCUUUUAAGCAAAUAGAUUUAAAAGGCAAGCUUAAUGAAAUGAGAGAGGAAAUACAUUCGAUGAUAGAGCAGGAGAAGGAAGAGAGCAUUCAAAAUUUUAAUGAUUUAGCAUAGAAGCUGCUCAAAGAGAAAUCUUUAAAUAACUAAUUUUAAAAGGAAAUAAGAAAGCUCAGAAGUGACAAUCAAGAAAAAGAUAUCAAAAUUUAAAGCAUAAACGAGCACACUUCAACUGUUGAAAGAAACCAAAAGGAAUUUUAUGAGAAACAAUUAAAGCAGUUACAAGAUAAAAUCAAUUCAUAAACUAAAAAAUAUCAAGAUGAGCAGAGCAAAUCAAAGUAGGAAUAAACUGAAUUAGCCAAUAAGGUGAAAGAGCUUUAAAAGCAAAUUGAUUAGCAAGUCGCUGAAAUUGAGUUGUUUAAAUCUGAAAUAGAAGAAAAAGACCUUUUGAUGAAGACCUAAGAGGACACAAUUGAGAGCAGAAAUAAAGAAAUAGAAAUCAAAGGCAAGGACCUAAAAACAAUUCAAAAAAAGCUUUAACAAAAGGAAUAGGAGAAUAAUUCGUUGAAUUAAUAAAUUAAAGAAGCAUAAAAUUCUCUAUAGUAAAAAUAAGAAGAAACAUAAAAGAAUAUUGAAAAUUUAUAAUAAACUAUCAUUAAAGAAAAGAAGUCCUUUUAAAUAGAAAAGGAAAAAUUAAGUUAAUAGCUUCAGGAACAGCUAAAUAAUGUAGAAAAUAAAACCUUGACAAUUUAGAAAUUGAAUCAAACAGUGACAGAGCUAUAAAACAAGCUUAAAUAGAUUCAAUUAGAGUCAAAUAACUAAAGUGGUAAUUAGAUCAAAUAAAUUAGACAGGAAUACGAAUAAAAAAUAGAAAAGAUACAAAAAGAAUAGCAAGAAUAAAUUAAUCUUAUUAAAUAAGAGAAUCUGAAAGCUAUAUCUCUUUUAACCUAAAAAGACUAAAAAAUAGAAUCACUGCAAAAGCAAUUUAAUCUAUAACAAUAAAAGUUAGCAGAGCAAAUUAAGAAAUAGAAUGAAAACUAAUAACUCAUUCAAUCUCUAUAAUAAAAUCUAAAAAAUUAAAAUAAAUUUAAUAACCAAAUUGUAAAUGAAUAACAAGAUUUAUAAGAAACAAAUAAUUAAUAAUUAGAAGACGAAUAUUUUUUAUCAACCCAACAAAAACAAUCUCAAGAUGUUUUGAAAAUAUCGAAAGAAAAUUAGUUCCUCGACCAAAAUCAAGAUUCUCAUUUUAUUAUUUAAUAAAAUAACGAGGAUAUUUAAAAUGAAGAAGUGAAUCAUUAAUUUGAAUAGGAAGAAAUAUUUUAAAAUCUCUCAUCAAAUAUUUAAAAUAAUUAAGAGGAGAGAGAUAAAUGUGCUAAUAAUAAUAAUAAUUUAGGCUUAGAAGAUUUGGAGAUAGAGGAAAAUGUUUGGGGAAACCAAAACAAUAGUCAAAUAAAAUAAGAGGAAGAAGAACAUGAUGAAAAAAUCAAUUAAUUGAAUUAAGAUAAUUUUAUAUAAGCUAAACAUGAAAGAUCUGAAUUUUAAAAAGAAGAAAAUGAAAUUUAAAAUAAGGAUUAAGAAAAAAAAUAUGAAACAUUGUUCGAAUAAAAUAACUUUGUUGAAUAAAGCAAUAAUUAGUAACAAUAUUAAGAUUUAUUUUAUAAUACAGUUAAAUAAGAGGAAAUAUCUCCUAUUAAAAUGUAGUAGCAAAAUAAUUUUGAUGCUGUUUUUGGUAAUUAAAAGCAAUAAGAAAAUAUAUUCAGUAAUUUUUAACAAAAUUAAAAUGGUUCUUUAAAUAAAGAUUAAAAUGCUAAUUAAUAAUUGGUUUCAAAUAUAGAUUAAAUAUAAUAAUAAUAACAUUAACAAAAUGAGGAUAUUGCAAUUAAUCAUUCUUAAAUAGAAGAGUUAAGUUAAAUAAAAGUUUAAAAUGAUUAAAAUAAUUAACAAACUAGCUCUUCAUAAAAUGAAUUAUAACAAAAUAAUCCUGGCUUGAGUGAAUCUUCUCUUAAAGAUUAAACUAUUUAAUAAAAUGAAGAAUUUUAGGUAUAAAAAUAACAACAUGAUGAAAAUAAGUUAGAUGCAUUGGAUCUAUUAAUGAAUAAUAACACACAAACUAACUAGCCAAGUAAGAAGAAGAAGAAAAAGAAAAAAGGAAAAACUAAUAGUAAUGCACCAGUCAAUUUGUUUGAAGAAAGCACUCCAUAGAAUGAGUUUAUAAAUGAAAGUAGUUAAAAUGAAUUGAAAAUUUUAGAUUCCAGCAUGCAAAGCAAUAAAUCAAACAAAGAUCAAAAAUAAUUAGAAAAAUAAUAAGAUGAAUAAAGUUAAAAUAAUAAAUAGGCAUAAAAGGACAACUUUUAUAAUUAAUUCGAAGUUAAAAAUGAAAAUUGGGAAAACCAAUUCUUCAAUACUGCAAAAUAAAAUAUUUAAGAUGCCUUUAAAGACAUUAGUAAAAAUUAAUAAUAAAACAAUGCAAGCAAAAAUCAAAAUCAAUAAAUUUCUUUUGAUUCGAAAGCAGAUUAGAGCUUUGAUAAAGUGCUAAAUAAUUCUAUUGAUAAAAAUAAUCUUUAAAAGAAAAAUUUAAAUGAAAGAGAACAAACUCAAAUCAGAAAUAAUUAAGAAGAUUUAUUUUCAAAUAUCUAGGAAAACAAGUAAAAACUUACUUUUUAAAACAUUGAAGAGUUAAAUGUUGAAGAAGAUGCAUGGGGAAUUUAAGUUGAAAGUCCUAAAGAAAUAGAAUAAUAAGGAAAAUAAAAUGAAGUACCUAAAGAAUCCAUAUAAAGAGAUAAUGAGCACGCAGAAAUAAAAAAUGAUACAUUUUAAAGCAAGUUAGAAUCUCAAUCAUUUUUUUAAGUAGAGUAAAAUAACAAUGUGCAGAAAAUAUUUGAAAUUCAAAAUGAUUUUUUUAGCUAAAUAAAUCAAUAAAAUUAGCAAGAUAAGCAAUAAAAAGAUGAAAAAUAAGAAAGUAAAAUAAAUAAAAAUGAAACUUAAAAUGUUUAAAUUUUAAUCAGUGAUGUUGAUUUAGAUGAUAAUUGGGGAACAAGCUAGCCAUAGAAUGAUAGCAACGAUAAUAAUCUAAAGACUUAAGCUAUAAUUGAAAGCAAAUUAAACAAUUCAGAUCUUAAAAGUAGCAAACAUAAAGAGGAAUUAGACUAAAGUUCAAAGUAAGAUGAAUUUUCUUUGAAAGAAUAAAAAAAUGCUUAGUAAAUAUAAGAACAUAAAUUAGACAUAUUAGACUUACUAAUGAGCAAUAACAAUCAAUAGACAGGCUAAACAGUCAAAAAGAAGAAGAAAAGCAAAAAAGCAAAAAAUGUUAAUAAUCAAUCACUUAACUUGUUCGAGGAGAAUACUCCUUAAAGCACUCAGCAAAAUGAAACAAGUCAAAAUGAUAUUAAAAAUUUAGACAACAGCAUUCAAAGUAUAAAAUAAAAUAAAGAAUAGAAGAAAUAAGCAUCAAGUGAAAAUAUUGAAAAUAAUUCAGACCUUAAUUAAUAAUUAAAUACUUCUACUCAAAAAGGCAGUUUAGAGAAAUUAAAUGAAGAUAAAUAAGACAAUUGUUAGAAAGAAUAAAUUGCUUUUGAACAAUCAGAAAAUAAAAUAAUUGAUAUUAAUAAGAAUGAUUAAUCAGAGAUCCAGACUGAUAAUAAAGAGGAACUUUAAUAAGAAAAUUAAAGAAUUCAUUAAAUUGAAGAAGAAAAUGUUCAUUAAGAAAGUUAAGCUGAAAAUAUUCAAGAAAUAAAAUUUGACAAUAUAGAAGUUAAUUAAACUGAAAAUGAACAAAAAUAAUUAGAAUUAAUUGAAGAAAUUCAAAUUGAUAUAGAAAUAAACUAGCAACAAUAAAGAUAAGAAGAAAUGCAAAUAAAAGAUUUAAAAUAAGAAAAUAAUUAGAUAGUUUCAGAAGAAAACUAAAUAAAUGUAAAUUAAGAAAUUGACACUUAAGUAGAAUAAGCUAUUAACUAAGAAAAUGAUGAUAUCAACUAAAAUAGUAAUAAUUAAAUUCAAUUUACUUAUUAAGAAUAAGAUAAUAAAGAAUAAAACAAUCAAGAAAUUAAUGAAGCUAACUAACAACAAGAUACUGAAGAAGGAAAUAUUGAAUAAACAGCUUUGAUCAAUUAAGGGCUUGCUGAAAAUAUUGAAGAUUAAUCUUAAGAAUAAAAAUAGGAAGAAUUUAAAUUAAGUCAAGAUGAUGUUUAAGGACAAGAAGAUUUAGGUGAAAAUCUCUAAGAUAAUUAAAAAGUUUAGGAAUUUAAAUAAUCUGAAGAUGAUGAGACUGAUGAUAAAAAGGAUUAGGAAAUAUAAUAAAAAAGUAAUGAAAAUAUUGAAAUCAUAUAAGAUAACUUAGAAGAUUAAUAAGAAGUGAAUUAAAUAAAUUAAGAAGAAGAAUUAGAUGUGAAGUAAAAUUAAAGUAAUUUAGAUUAAGAAUUAAAUGAAAGAGAAAUUUAAAAUAGCGAGGUAUAAAACCAUCAAGAUGUUUAAGAGAAUUAAAUAAAUUAAAUUGAGAAGAAGAAUUCUAAUGAAUAAUUAGAAAAUUAAUCUGAACUUUAAGCUGCCUAAGGAAACAAGCACUAAGAAUUUAGUGAUGAAUAAAAUGAUAAUUAAGAUUAAAUUAAUGAUGAUCAAAUAUUAUAAUAAGAAUAAGAUGAAAAAAUAGAUUUAAGUCAAGCUAAUAAUAAUGACAUUUAAGUUGAUUUAAACAAUUAAAUUGAAGACUAAAAAAGAAACUCAUUAAAAGAAAAUUUAGUUGAAGAUAAAUAAGAAGAAAUUUUAUUUGAAGAUAAAUAAGAAGAAAAUUUAGUUGAAGAUAAAGAAGAAGAAAAUUUAGUUCAAGAUAAAGAAGAAGAAAAUGUAGAGAUUAUUUAAUAAGAAAACGAAAACAAUUAAAAUAUAGAGUAGCAAUAAGAUUAAAAUGUAAAUCAAUUUGAAAAUAAUUAAGAACAAAACACAUUUGAAGAUCAAAAUGAAUAAUAGCAAUUUAAGUAAGAAUAAGAGGUAUUAGAUAACUCAGAAUAAAUUAAAAAUGAAAUAUAAUAGUAAUAGUAAUAAUAAACUGAAAGUAUAGAUUCAAAUUAAGAUAAUUAAUAAUUAUAAAUUAAAUCUGAAGAGCAAAAAGAACUUGAAUAUGAGUUGUAAAAUGAAGAUGAUUAAAAGAUAGAAGAGUAAUAAAAUAAUCAAUAGGUAGAUAAAGCUUAAUCUUAACAAAUAUAACAUGAAGAAUAAAAUAUGAAUGCUUAGUUAGAAUAACUUGAAGAAAAUCCUGUUGAAUUAUAAACAAAUUAACUAGAGUCAAAUGGUUAAAAUGAAGAAAAUAUUGAUCAUUAUAAUUUAGAAACCGAAAAUUUAGAUAAUUAAAAAGAAAAAGAAUUGCAUGAAGAAUAAACUUAAGAAGAGAAGCCAAUAGAAAAUUAAUAAAACGAAGAUGAAAACCAGUAAUUAAAUUAAAAAGAGAAUAAUAUAUAGAAAGAAGAUAUUGAAAUUACUUCUCAAACCAAAGAAGAAAAACCUAAGGAGUUAGAUGAAGAUGAUUUACUUAAUGAAGAUGCAGGUUGGGGUAACUAAAAUGAUGAUUCUUUAAUUUAAGAAGAUCAAAAUUGGAAAGUGGAGGAAAACGAACCUCAAAUUGAAAAGGACAUUUAAGUAAAUGAUAUCUUUGAAAAUUUAACAGAAUAAAAGGAUUAAAAAUUAAAUGAUUCAAAUUAAGAUGAAAUAAAUUGUGAUUAACAUUCUAAUAACUAGGAACAGUAAUAAAUUUCUGAAAACCCUUAAAAAGAAUGUUCAAAUAAUAAUUUAUAAGAGGAAAAAGAGGAUAAAAUAACUAAUGUAAAUGAAGAGAAAGAUUAAUAAGCCUUUGCCUAAAAUGGUUCUCAGUAAAAUAAGAAUUAAAACGAUGAUAUUUUGAUUGAUGAAAAUGAUUUGGAUGAUGCUUGGGGAGGAAAUUAAGAUAUUUUAGAAAAUGACAACAACUAAAAUUUAAGUGAAUAAAAGAAUAUUUUCACAAAUAAUAAUUAAUAAAAUACAGCUGAAACCAAAGAAUCAAAUAUUUUGAAUGGAGGAUAAGCUGAUAAGUCUAAAAAUGAUUUAAAAUCAGAUAUUUUAGACUUGUUAAUGAGUGGUAACUAGCAAACAUCGUAACUAACUAAAAAGAAAAAGAAAACUAAAAAAACAAACAGCAACUCAUAGGCACAAAUUAAUUUAUUUGAAGGAAGCACACCUUAGAGCUCAUAGAAUAAUGAGAGUAGCUAAAGCGAACUUAAGAAUGUAGACAUCAGCAUUCAUAGCCUAAAUAUAAAUCCAGGUUAAAAGAAAUAAGAUUUUGAAGAAUCUCUUUAAAGUUUAGAAAACCAAGAAAAAGGCAACUUGAGUGCAACUUGGUCUUUUGAUUAGUAAUAGAAUGAUAGCAUGGUAUAAGCAAAGAAAAAAGUUAAGAAGAAAAAAACUGUAGUUGACUUAAAUGUUAAACAGGUCACCCAAUUCAUAGUAAAAGCAGAGCCUAAAAAUCCUUUCUUAGAUUAGCCUAAAGAUAAAGACAAAGAGGAUGAUCCAGAUUUCUUUGCAAAUUUCUGA